AUGUCACCCCCAACCACUGUCGUCGUCGAACAAGGCGGUUCCACGGAGCCGGUCGUUCAGACGAAAGUCAAGCGGCGCUGGGUCAGCUAUAUCUGGGAUACAUUUGACAAGUCGCCAGAGGAACGUCGGUUACUGUUUAAGCUGGAUUCAGCCAUUCUCACCUUCGCGUCUUUAGGGUACUUCAUCAAGUACCUGGACCAAAUUAACAUCAACAAUGCGUUUGUGUCUGGGAUGAAGGAAGAUCUGGGCAUGUACGGUAAUCAACUCAACUACAUGCAGACAUGUUGGACUGUCGGCUACGUUAUUGGCGAGAUUCCCAGCAAUCUUCUUUUAACCCGCGUGAGACCGAGAUACUGGAUUCCAGCUGCGGAGCUCCUAUGGACCGUUCUUACUUUCUCGAUGUCGAGGUGUAACACAUCUACCCAAUUUUAUGUGUUGAGAUUCUUCGUCGGUCUCGCGGAAAGCACCUUCUACCCCGGCAUGCAAUACAUAAUUGGUUCCUGGUAUCGAAAGGACGAGCUAGCAAAACGGUCGUGCAUUUUCCACACAAGCAGCGGAAUUGCAAGCAUGUUCUCUGGUUACCUUAUGGAUGCCGUUUUUAGACUCGGAGGACGAGGAGGGUUCAAAGGCUGGCAAUGGCUUUUUCUGAUUAAUGGAAUUAUUUCACUUCCAGUGGCAUUGGCCGGAUUCUUCGUAUUGCCUGAUGUGCCUGAAAUCUCGAAUCCGUGGUACCUCAGUAAAGAGGAAGUUGCCCUUGCCCAGAAACGUAUGCACCUGGAGGGAAGACAGAAUCGGGGCCCAUUUACCCGAACAAAACUCAAGAAAAUAUUUACCUCAUGGCAUAUCUACCUUUUGAUUGUCCUAUAUGUAACCUUCAACAAUGCCGCUGCAGGUAGUCAGCCUAUAUUCCAGCAAUUUUUGAAAGACUCAACAAACCCCAAGUACUCGGUUGAUCAAAUCAACGCAUACCCAACAACCACCUAUGCCGUCCAAGUUGUAACAACCUUGAUUUAUGCCUGGCUAUCUGAUACUGUUCUGAAAGGCAGACGUUGGCCACCAAUCAUCUUCGGCGCAUGUAUCAAUAUCAUGUGCUACGUCUCCCUGGCAGUUUGGGACAUUCCAAUGGGAUGGAAAUGGGCUUGCUACAUUCUUUGCGGUGGUGGAUUUGGACUCAGUGGUCUCUGCAUGGCUUGGGCUCACGAGAUUUGCGCUGGUGACAACGAAGAGCGAGCUCUGGUGAUUGGAAGCAUGAACGAAAUGGCCUACGUUUUCCAGGCCUGGCUACCACUUAUCAUUUGGCUCCAAGUUGAUGCGCCUCAGUAUCGGAAGGGAUUCAUCGGCACGACCAUUCUGUCUGUCAUUUUGAUCAUAACUGCCUUGAUAAUCCGAACCCUUCAGCAUAAGGAGGAUGCUGAGAAAGAGAAACGAACUUACGAGGCAGAAGAGACAGACGAGAUUGAAGAGGGCUUUACGGACUCGCCCGGGCUGACCCCGGUUGAUGCAAAACCUUCAAAGGUUUAA